AUGAAAGCAGAAGCCAGAAAGUCAGAUCAAGCCGUCCUGUUUGUCGAUACAGCAUGUGAUGACGACAAGCAUGCGCAGAAGGAGGCAAUACACAUGAUUGAGCUUGUUCUCAAGGAAGAAACAUUCACAGAUACCUUCUCGAAGAGAAACAGUGCCUUAUCCGAUCAGUCGAAAUUUCGCUCGAAGAAGUUCGUCGACUCUCUUACCCAGCUUAGUUUCGAGUCAGACCUCAUUUUCCUGGAGCAUCCCCGGGUGUUCGGCCUGUGCAUGGGGCUGAAUGAGUACAAGGGAGAACUAAAACCUCUUGAGACAGCAGUGCAAGAUGCGAGGGAGCUGCAUGACAAGCUCUGCUCGCUCCCUCAGUCGCAUUCGGUUCUGAGCUUAAAUCCUAGGAGUCCGAGUGAAAUGAGAAAGUAUUUAAGAAAGAAUCUGAAACAGCUUAUGCCAGCCAGUCCAGAGCUUGUGAUAUUCUUCUAUGCGGGUCAUGGAUUUUAUGAGCCAAGAAAAAAGGAUCAGAUGUUGGUGCCUGUGGACGUUGAGGAAGUGAAAGGAUUGUCUACACACGAGAUAAAUGAUCAAAUGCUUUCAAUCAAGGAUUUAUUCAAAAUUUUUAGAGACUUUGAAAACGAUAUUUCAUUGUUUCAUCCGAUGGUGCUUGUAAUUAUUGACGCAUGUCGGGAAAAGAUUGAGGGUGUCACUGAGGAAUUGCCCCAAGACCAAGAAGAUAAGAAAUUGCCGCAAAAUUGGUCUUUGUUGCUGACAUGUGGGAAGGGCAAAGUAGCAAGCGAUAACUCGAUAUUCUUCAAGGCGCUUCUCGAUCCUCGCGAAGGAAUGUUUGCUUGCAACAGACCUCUUGAAGGGGUUUUGCAGUCAUGUUGCAGAACAUGUAAAGGAAGGCAACCUUGUAUCUCUAUGAACACUUAUACCAUCCCGGAAGAUUUCUGCCUGGUAAGAGACGGGGAGGCUCUGAGAGAUAUCAAGAUGAGUAUAGCUGGACUAAACAAAGCUGCGAAGGAAAUCGCUUCAAGUCAACUUUCCGACACAGACACGUCAGAGACAGAGACUUUUGUGCUGGCGUACAGCCCUGAAGAUGCAAAGUCUUUCAGAGACAGAACCAAAGAUGCGUUAAAGUAUUUUCUGUCACAGUCAAAGCAGCGAGCAGAUAAUCCGCGAUGGAGGAUUUGCUCGAUUGUCCUGAUGUACUUCCUGCAAUACGAAGACACCAGGUUUUGUACAAGGAGGCUAUUGGGAUACUUCUAUACAUACAUGGAAGAUCUGAUAGCAGGACCGGAGCUAGUCAAUGAUGUGCUCGAGUACAUCUCUCGGAACAAGAUUUUGUCGCCAUCGUUCGGAGCGUGGAAGAAAAGUCAGACAAAUCGCAGCAUUUCUGAUGACAAACUGCUUAUUGCGAUCAUAGAUUAUACAGUAGCAAAGGAAUUGCGAAGAGUGAUAUCGGACACUGAGGAGCUGAAUGAUGCUCUAGAACUAUGGAAAAAGGCGAUCGAUCCAUGCUUUGAUUCGUCAAAAUCUUGGGAGGAUGGAAUGGAUCGAAUUGAAAGACAUCUUCAGAAACAGGCUGCACUUGAGUGUGGCCAGAAUCUCUUAUUCUACUUCUAUGUGCUGGAGAAAGCAGUGGCAGUCAAUAGUUACGUUAUGAUACUCAAGAUGACUAGGCUAAGCAGCGUAUUCUUGCGCCAUUGUCUGCUGGAAUACAACAACAAAAAGGAAGGAGAGGGCAUAAACAAGCUCGAGGGCUGGAGGACGUGGGUCAGCAGCACUGGCUGGAUCGUCAGAAGGGACGGGUAUAGGGCAGACUGGAAUCACUGCAAGGAACGCUGGUGCGAGGAUAUGAGGAAAGGUUUCCAACAGCUUGAGAAGUUUGAGAGACCUCGAGGUUUUCAAAGAUUUCAAGACUUUCAGAAAGAUGGUAGCGUUGUGUCAGCAUUCAUGGAAAAUGGUUGUGAUACAAGCAACAAGCGAAGAAAGUUGGGAAUCGAAUAUCCGUCUUCUUCUACAUCUGUACGAGGUGAAUUGUGUGAAUCGCCAGUCUCUGGACCAUCACGGCAGGAAGGAUCGGACGGUCGAGGGGAUCAAGAAGACAUUUCUAUUCUCCAAUUCCACAUGCAGUAUGCACGGCGGUAUGACGUGAAGGACUUCUUGAUGGACAGGGACUUCUGGUCUGGUCUUAAAUGGUACUCUCAAGACAUUGAUUGCUACUACUACUUUCGUAUCGUCCAUACCCUCGCUCACUUUGUAUAUGACAAUCAGGUCGAUAUUGCUGUAGAUACAGAAAAUCCCAACGAGGAGAUCGAUAGCACUUUCGCUCAUCCGCCCCCAUCGUAUCGGGCUUACCGUCCUGCAAUUAGUGACUCUCCUUUCCUUUUCGGUGCAAAGGAUCUACUAGAAGAUGAUGACUUUUGGGCCAAUAUCAACCAACUGAUUGAGGACGAGAUUUUUGAAGAACACCAUCGUCAGAUGGUAUUGCAGAUUGCUAAGUAUGUAGAUUUCCACAAGGUGGAUCUUUAUGUUAGCAUGGAUAAUGAUUCUGUCGAUUCUGACGAUUCCGAUGAAUUUGUCGAUAUUCCGAAAUCAAACAGUCAAAGUCAAUUCUAA